CUUACUAGAUGUCAACAAUCCCGAGAAACCCUUACGAGUUUAUUAAGGGUCAUAAUAAACCAAUUACAGUAUUGGCACUGAGUCCAGAUCGUAGUACUAUUUAUACUGGUUCCCACGAUGGAAAUAUUACAAAUUGGAAUGCUGCAAACGGUGAAAAUGACAGAGUAAAAGGCGUAGGUCAUGGAAAUCAAAUCAAUGGAAUGAAACUGGAUAAUGACUAUUUAUAUACAUGUGGAAUUGAUGAUAGUCUUAGACAAGUUGACAUUAAAUCCAAUUCGUACACAGACUUGCAAGUCAAACUAAAUGCUCAACCAAGGGGAAUGGACUUCAACAGUAGUGUGAUUGUCACGGCUACGAUUAAAGAGAUAAUAGUAUUAAAAAAUGAAAAAAAAGUAUUCAAUUUGCCCGUGGACUAUGAACCUUCAUCAGUAGCUGUUAGUCCAGAUGCUGGUUUUGUUGCGGUUGGAGGAGCUUUAGAUAAUAAAGUACACGUGUAUAAGAUUAAUGAUUCCACUUACAAUUUGGAAUUUGUCGCGGAGUGUGAUCAUUUGGGACCAAUUACAGACUGUUCUUUUUCACCCGAUGGAGAGUACUUGGUAGCAAGUGAUGCAAACAGAAAAGUCAUUUUAUACAAAGUACCCGAAUUCAAUUCGCUGGCGCAUAAACAAGAUUGGGGUUUCCACAAUGCACGUGUUAACAGUGUCGCUUGGUCACCAAAUUCAAAACAAGUAGCUAGUGGAAGUUUGGACACCACCAUCAUCGUUUGGAGUGUUACUUCACCAAAUAAACAUACAAUAAUAAAAAAUGCUCAUCCACAAAGUCAGAUUACACGUGUUCUGUGGUUGGAUGAUGAAACUAUAGUGUCGGUCGGACAAGACUGCAAUACAAAAAUCUGGAAUGUUACUCCCAUUUAAUCUGGUACUACAAGUUAAAAUAUAUUAUAUAUAUAUC